CAGCGGAGGGAAAUGCAGCGGUGGUGGUGGUGGUGGUUCACCUCCUGAAACGUUCAGGAAGCACACGGCGCUCCUGUCCACCUGCGACGUCCGCGUCCCACGCACGGAGACGGUCGAGCUGUCUGUCACUGUUACGGCGAGGAGCUGUCGUGGGAAGCCUGUGGCGGUAUUAACUUUGGGCUGUUUUGUGUGCGGCACAUUCUUCAACGAGCUCACAGCGGAGACUGAAUCAAGAUGCAGUUCCCUAGAGGCUAUCCAGAAACCCCUAGUGAGGAGCAGAGGCACAGGAAAUAGGAGACUUUAGGAAACAGCAGGUCCUUAUGGUUGAGGUGGUGUUAGGUGUUCUUUGCCAUGCCUCCUGCCAUGACAGACCUCCUGGACAUAUGGGCAGCCCAUUCGCCCCUGGCCGGACACGCUCCGGACCAGAUCACUGUGGACUUUUUGCUGCCCACUGGUAUCUACAUCCAGAUGGACGUUCCACGAGAGGCUACAAUUCAACACAUCAAACUGCUCUUAUGGAAGCAGGCUCAGACCUUCCCACUGUUUCCCGCCCUCGGCGAAAUGGAGAGUCAUAUGUUCGAAUGCGUCAAUCAGGCAGCUGUGCACGAAGAACUGGAGGAUGAAACCCGGCGCUUGUGCGACGUUCGCCCUUUCCUGCCUGUCCUCAAGCUGGUGACGCGCAACUGCGGCCGAGCAGAGCGCCUGCUGGACUCCAAAAUUGGCGUGCUCAUUGGCAAGGGUCUUCAUGAACUCGAUGCCAUAAAUGACCAGGAGGUGAAAGACUUUCGCUGCAAAAUGUUGCGUAUCAGCGAGGAAAGGAUGCAACAAGUGCAAAUGAUGACAUGCACAGAGUGGCUGCAGGCCUGCUUCUCACCACAGCUGGAACCCGCGGCUGGAACGGCCAUCAUGGACGGAGUCAACGACCGGCCGUCAGACCUGAAAGUCAUUAUCCACUUUGACCAGUCCCAGGAUUCUGCCAGUCUGAAAGUGCCAUCAUCCAGUACUCCCACUGAGCUGAUUGAAAUGGCUUUGAGGAAGUGGCUGACCACCCACAGACCUGAGGAAGAGGCAUGGAAGGGCCAGUAUAUGCUGAGGGUCAGCCGUUGCCUGGAUUUCCUAUGUGGAGACCAUCCCCUGAUUCAGUACAAGUACAUCCGUACAUGCCUGCAAGCCAAGGAGCCUCCCCGUCUCACCCUGGUUCACACGAGUGCCGUGAAGGCCAUUUUUGACAAGGAAAUCUCUGCCAUUGGCGCUGUGGUUUCCCGCAAGUCCUCCAACCCACCUUUACCACUACCUCCCAAGAGAAGGGUUCCCACGCAAGUACAGACGUGUGUGUGGGACGUGUCUAGCCCAUUUAAGAUAGUCCUUGUGAAAGGAAGCAAGGUGAAUGCAGAGGAGACGGCCAAGGUUCAGGUGAGGGCGGGGCUUUUUCACGGCACAGAGUUGCUGUGCAAGCCGGCGGUGAGCAGUGAGAGUAGCAGACGCUCGGACCACACGUGGAAAGACAGCACACUGGAGUUUGACAUCUCUGUCUGUGAUCUGCCGCGCAUGACCCGCCUCUGCAUUGCCAUCUACGCCGUCAUGGAUAAGGUGAAGAAGCAGAAAUCCACCAAAAAUCCUCACAUAAACAAGUACCAGACCAUCCGCAAGGCAGGGAAAGUGCACUACCCCAUAGCUUGGGUCAACACCAUGGUGUUUGACUACAAAGGGCAGCUGAAGACUGGAGACAUCAUCCUGCACUGCUGGUCUUCGUUUCCUGAUGAACUUGAAGAGAUGCUGAACCCCAUAGGAACUGUUCAGACCAACCCGUACACUGAGAACGCUACAGAACUGCACAUCCACUUCCUAGAAUACUCAUCACACUCCAUCAUCUUCCCUCCUUUUGACAAGAUACUGGAAAAAGCUGCAGAGAUCGCCAGAGCAAAUGACUGCGCACCGGUUGGUCGUGGUGGUAAGAAGUUCCACAUAGAGCUGAAGGAGAUCAUGGACCGAGACCCGCUCUCUCAGCUGUGUGAAAACGAGAAGGAUUUGAUCUGGACACUACGCCACGACUGUCAUGAGAAUUUCCCUCAGUCGCUGCCCAAGCUGCUACUGUCCGUCAAGUGGAGCAAACAUGAGGACAUGGCUCAGCUCCAAGCACUGCUUCAGAUUUGGCCCAAACUGAGUCCCAGAGCUGCUCUGGAGCUUCUGGACUUCAACUACCCUGACCAAUAUGUCAGAGAGUAUGCUGUGCGCUGUCUACGUGAUAUGAGUGAUGAGGAACUGUCGCAGUACCUGCUACAGUUGGUGCAGGUGUUGCGUUAUGAGCCCUACUAUGACUGCGCCCUUACCCACUUCCUGCUUGAGCGUGCUCAAGGGAACCGCAGGAUUGGACACUUCCUCUUCUGGCAUCUACGGUCAGAGAUCCACAUGCCUGCAGUUUCAGUCCAGUUUUCCCUCAUUCUGGAAGCGUAUUGUCGAGGCAGCAUCCCUCAUAUUGAGGUUCUGAAGAAACAGGUGGAGGCCCUGAGUAAGCUGAAGUCAGUCAAUGAGCUUAUUAAACUGGGAACCAUUAAGAACGCUCGGAGUAAAACCAAGGAGGCAAUGUUGACCAAGGAGGCCAUGAUGACAUGUUUAAGACAGAGUGGCUACUCAGAGACUCUGUCAGACCUGCACUCCCCUCUGAACCCUAACGUCCUGCUGUCUGGCAUCAAUGUGGAGAAGUGUCGGUACAUGGACUCUAAAAUGAAGCCACUCUGGAUAGUUUACAACAACAAGCUGCUGGGCGGAGACACCCUGGGCAUUAUCUUCAAGAAUGGAGACGACCUAAGACAAGACAUGUUGACCCUCCAGAUUUUGAGGUUAAUGGAUCUUCUGUGGAAGGAGGCAAAUCUGGACCUCAGAAUUGUACCAUAUGGUUGCCUAGCAACAGGUGACCGGGCAGGGUUGAUUGAAGUGGUCUCAUCAGCAGACACGAUUGCAAACAUCCAGCUGACCAGCAGCAACGUUGCAGCAGCAGCAGCAUUCAACAAGGAUGCUUUACUCAACUGGCUCAAGGAGAGAAACUCUGGCGAUGAUCUUGAUCGAGCCAUCGAGGAAUUCACUCUGUCAUGUGCAGGCUACUGUGUAGCCACUUACGUCCUGGGCAUUGGAGACCGCCACAGUGACAACAUCAUGGUCCGCAGCACCGGACAGCUCUUUCACAUAGACUUUGGCCACAUCCUCGGCAACUUCAAGUCCAAGUUUGGCAUCAAGAGGGAGCGUGUACCGUUCAUCCUCACACAUGACUUCAUCCACGUCAUACAGCAGGGCAAGACUGGAUACACAGAGAAAUUUGGCAGUUUCCGUCAAUACUGUGAGGAGGCCUACCUAAUCUUGAGGAAGAACGGCAACCUCUUUAUCACACUGUUUGCCCUCAUGCUGACUGCUGGACUGCCUGAGCUCACCUCAGUUAAAGACAUCCAGUACUUAAAGGAUUCUCUGGCUCUGGGUAAAACAGACGACGAGGCGCUGAAGCAGUUUCGCCAGAAGUUUGACGAAGCCCUGAGAGAGAGCUGGACAACCAAAGUCAACUGGAUGGCCCAUAAUGUGGCCAAAGACAACCGCUCCUAGAGCAACUGCGACCCCUCGAAGACUUGGGGCCAAGAGGACACAGUGAGGGAAUAUGUGAGUGUGUGGGAGGGGCAACAUGUGCCAAGGAGACAGGGUGACAGCCAUCCUGAUUUAAAGAAGGGAAUCUAGCGGAAUAUCCAGAACAGGAGCAGAUUCACCUCCUACGUACUGUACAUACAGAGUAAACCUGCUCUCUGCCACACUUUAGUUACCCUGCACCCUUACUUACUGUAUCCCUCCUCGCCUUGCAUCACUCUGGCAUGGUGCCUCCUGAACAUCCAAAUUCACGGUCUUGUGACAUUUCUGUGGAAUCAUGGUGGGGAACGUCAUUGCAAGUUUUGCACAGGCACACCAGCUGAAGGAGAACACAGCCAAAGGAAGGGAAGUGAACUCUGUCCACACUAAGGAUCAGCUGUCAGCAUGGAGUGGGCUGAUCCACUGGUUAACAAAAGCAAAGUCUGGAAGUGGUCCAAUCACGUCAGAUGGACCUGAAACUCGGCUUGAACAGACUCUGAUGGGACAUGUAUUUAGACUACGCCCCUGAACUGUUUUAAGUGGAGCGGAGAUAACAGAGGGGUGUGGAUAGGGCAGAGUGGAAGAGACAAAAACCCCCAUGUCUUAAAACAAUGUGCACCACGGCCUCAGGAAGUGCAUCUUAACGCUCGCUCACGCUGUCUCAAAGUGUGCCUCAAAACUGCAGGAAGAUUGUAUCGUUUGAGGUUUCUUUUUUCUUUUGCCAUUUACAAAUUUAUCAUGAGACGUCGAUGUGCCAGACGACUUUACUAGUCCACAAAGAAAACACGUGAGGGAAAUAAGAGAGAAGGAGAGAGAAGAAGAUGCUCUGAGCCUUUCGGUCCAGUGUUUGAAUCUCAGUUCAUUUGGACCCCUGAACACUGGAAUGUUUUUAGAGAGACAUAUAUGAGAAACUUUAGUCUUUUAAUAAACUAAACACUUUACUUUAGUUUAUUUUAUUUUUAAAUGGCAAUGUGCAUUGUUUCUUUUAACAUAUUCAAAUCAAAAGUACUAUUGGACAAAGUGUUAUCACCUCUGAGUUAUCACUACCACCUGUCAACCUUUUGCCAUUCCACUCAUUCUAUAAACCGUGAUGAAAACUCACUGAGAGAUUACCGAUGCGUUUAACAUGUUUAGGACCAAAACAGAAAGCAGAUGUAAUUUUAUUGUCUAUACAGUGUUUUUAAUGAUCUGUUUCCAAAUUGAAUGUGCAAAUACGUGCCGCUCUCUUUUAAGUGUAUUUGUUUUUAUACGAGCAGGUGUGGGCGGAGUCUGAGGCCUGUGUGGGUGGGAUUGAUCAGUAGGGACAUUACACUGCGAUGCAAAGCUACAUCCUUGUUUCGACAGAUGGUGCUCGACCAGCAUCCGCAUCUCUGUUUGAUUUUUCGUGCAAUAUCCGAGUAUAUGAACCAUAUCUUAUCAUAUAAAACCUUAGGCCCCGGCCUAAGCCUAUAAUGGUUUCGACUGCUGGUUUAUGUGUGAUGCAGCUGUAUUUCGCACCACUAGCCUUCAGAAGUCUCAGACACUGGAUAUUGUCAAAUGUACAGGCUUUUAUUGUUUUGCUGGUUUUUGUUUUCAUAGGAGUUUUAUUAAAGUUAUUUUCCACUGCGCUGCA